AUGGAUCUCUACUCGACUUCCUUCACCAUCCCGCGCUCGAUCGGUGUCAGCAGCUUUGUCUCUGAUCCCGCCCCUUCGAACGCUAAUGCGGCUGCCUCCUCUUCGUCUAGCUUUGGCUUCGAUGCUCCCCGCUCGAGCCAGCAGGUAGGUUCGCGACCUGCUCCUUCAGCCUCGGCGGCACCCGAGCCUCCAGCCUCGUCACUUCCCGGUCGCUUCACCUCGAUGCGCUCCCGCUUCCCUCCCAGCGUCAAGGCCUUCAUGCCGAGUGCCUUUGGCGGCAAGCGCACCAACGACCGGAUCGUCGAAGCUGUGGGUGCAGAAAAGGCCGAGGUAGAUGCCGCCCCCGCCGCUGCUGCUGAUACGCCAGCCUCCUCGUCCCAGGCGUUCUCAUCCCCUCCCGAUGCCGAACACUCUCAACCUUUGGCUCCGAUUGGCGAGAGGGGAAACGCUCGUCCCCCCAAGCUAGUCAACCCGAAUUUGGCCAACAUCGAAGACAACGCGGGCAGUCAGCAUCGAGACAGCAGAUCCACUGUUGGCACGCGCUCCAGCUUCGAUGUCUCCUCGGCAGCUUCGUUCACUGCAGACAGCACCGCAGCUAGCAGCGCCAUUGGCGGCCACCCAUCGAGCGCUACGCAUUCGGCAUCCAAUUCGAUCUCUGCCAAUCAUCCCCAUCCCGAACGCGGCAUGUCCCAGUCACAGAGCAGCAAAGAUCUCCAAGAAGCCAUCCAGAAGCUCAGCUCGGAUGUCAUGGCCAACCACCAGUGCCUGGUCUCCUUUGCUCCCGUGCCGCAGCCCGACGAGUCGCGCGUCCCCUCAACACCGCUCUCGCAUCCCUUUGUCCGUCAGAGCUCCUUCUCCUCGCUGCAGAGCCUCGAUCAGCUACCCUUCCCCAACCCCAACGGCUCUAGCGGCUCUGGCUAUCCAUACCAGCAGUACCAUCCUCAGCCCAUCGGCACGCCAGAUUCGCACUCGUCCGCCUUCUUCCCCGGACGCACUGGAGGCGAAGCUCUUGGCUCUGGGUUCCCUGGUCUCAAUGCCAGCUCCUUGUCGCUCUCGUCGCUCAACCCACAGUCGGGCAGCCACAUCGCGCAAGAGGUCGGGCUCUCGUCUGCUCACCCGCUUCGAUCUCCGCAGCCCGGCGCCGUCGGUCAACCGCCGCGAGCCAGCUUCAGCGGUGCCUCCAAGCCGCCGCAGUACAAUUUCCACCUCAGCGGCGGCUACCAACAGGUCAUGAACGCACGUGGAACCAUCUUGCGCGAGAACCCGUUUAAGUUGACCUCAAGCAUCAAGGUGUCGCGCGCCGAUGUGUUUGAUGUCGCGCCUGCCACCUCGCCGCCGGCAAAGGAGAGCAUCAAAGAAGACGUUCGUCGCAAGCUCGACGAGGUGCAAGCUGCCACAGGCGCCACCAUCAUGCUCAAGAACAGCGAAGUUCGCGGCGCCGAUCUGGGCUACGGCCUCGAGACCGAGCGCAUCGUCGAGGUGCUCGUCUCUGGUCCUUUUGAGAGCGUCGAGCUGGCGCGUGUCAAGGUGCUCGUCAUCUUUGACGAGAUCGCUGGGCUUCGAUCCGAGACAUGCGAGAUCGACUACAAGCUGCACAACAUCAUUGGCGGUCGCAAGCGCUGCGUCUUGCAAAAGAUCGAAGAAGAGACCGGCACCAGCAUCUACUUGCCCAGCUCUUUCCUCGGCACCUUCGGGUCGGGUCUUGCGAACCGCAGCGAGGGCAAAGACGUGGGUGUUCACCAGAACCAAAUUCACAUUACGGGCGAGUUCUUUGGCGUUCAGCGCGCGCGCGACAUGCUCUUCCAGGUGUCGAUGCACAAGAGCAAAGGCAUCAUCUCGCGCGAUGCCGCCAUCCUGCCUCGCAAGCUCGACUGGAUGCUCACCGAGCGGCUCGAGGAGCUGCGAUCCAUCAUGAUCGACAAUGGCACAUUUGUCGCCUUCCCCUUGCUCGGCAGCCAGGCCAGCGUUAUCUCGGUGUUUGGUGACCAUCGCGUCAACAUUGAACGCACCAUUCGAUCCAUCAUGCAGCUCGCCUGCCAGUUUUAUGUUGCAUCGCUCUGGCUCCUGCCCGUCGGCUUUGACGUCUACAUGCCGUCGCAGGCCAACCUCAACCCUACGCAGGUGGCCCCGGUGCUCAAGCACGUCAGCAACGCUUCGGGCGCCGAGGUCGUGUUCAAGAGCAAUUGCUUCGAAAUCCACGGCCUCGAGUCCGAGGUGCGCACCGCUGUGUCGGCGCUGCUCGAGCUGGAUCUGAUCAAGAGCUUCAACUUUGAAGUGCGCUUCCAGAUCGAGCUGGCCAACGAGCACCGCGAGUUUAUCUCGGGCAAGAAGAACGGCAAGGUUAACAAGGUCAUGAAGCAAUGCGGCGUGCGUAUCAAGUUCGAGACGUUCAACGACUACAACUUUUUGAUCGAUGUCUCGGGCAACGAUCGCAACGGCGUCUUGCAGGGUCUGGGAUUGCUGCAAGAGGAGCUUCCCGCCGAGAUGUCGUUCCACGUUCCCGAGGCGUACCACAAGCGCAUCAUUGGCGUCGGUGGCAAGAACAUUCAGCGCAUCAUGAAGAAGUUUGGCGUGUACGUCAAGUUCAGCAAUGCGGAAGAGUUUGCAGCGCUGGGAGGAUAUUUGGACAACGAAGAUAACGUCAUUGCCCGCACACCUGCCAAGAAUGCGGCCAACCUCGAGAACCUCAAGCUGUCGGUGAUGGAAUUGGUCAAUCCGAAGGACAAGGACUACAUUAGCGAGACGGUGACGAUCUCGCGUCGCUACCACCGCACCUUGCUCGGCGAGAAGGCUAUCUUCAUUCAUGACAUCGAGAGCAAGACGAGCUCAAGCGUACGCUUCCCUGCACGAGAGUCGGCUUCGGAUUUGGUGACCAUCUUUGGGCCCGAGUCGCAGAUUCACAUCGCUGCGCAGAUGCUGCUUGACCACGUGCCCUUUGAGGCCGAAUUCCGCGCGCCCAAUUCGACUGAGUUGGCGGACGCCAUCCAGAGUGCCGAGUUUGGUGCGCUGGCCGAGCAGCUCAAGCGCGAUCUCAGCAUUGCUGUUUCGCCCGUGAUCGAGCAGCGACGACCGGGCGGCGAGGCCGUGUUUAAGCUGCGACUCAACAGGAGUAACACCGACUUUUUGCCUACAGCCAAGGACGCGAUCGAGGACUUCCUCAUCAACCGCAACGCCAACAUCUACGCUGCGCCGUCCAGGGCGCGCUCGGAUUCGUUUGCUUCAGCGUUCCCGCACUUUGCCAACAAGUUGCUCUCGACAGCGCCUGGCGCUGAGUCAAACGAAUCGUUCCACAAUGCUGCUGCUGCUGCGGCGGCGGCUGCAGCUGCUGAACAGGCGCGUGUCAAUGAACGCAGGCUGCGCGCUGCUGCCUCGACGCCUGAUAUCAAGGCACUGUUCGACUCGCCGGCUCAGCAUCUACAUGGUGGUCCUGGCUUCCCGUCGAGCACCGGUGUGACUGCAGCUACGGCCGCCAAUUCGCCUAUGAUUACGUCUUCUCUUUAUGCUUCGCCCUACGGCAACGGACGUGGCUUCGGCAGCGAUGUGUGGGGCGCUCCUACGCGUGCGUUCACUGCCAGCUCGGCUAGCAGUGCGGCGCCGAGCUUGAUCGGGUUGCCGCCUCCUGCUGUGGGUACACCUGGCGCCGGCCUGCCGAGUCCUGCUGGGCCUGGCCCCAUUGGUGCGGGUGUCGGUGGGCCACCAUCGGGUGGGAUUCAGUUCCCUUCGCAGCCCAGCCUGCAUCACCAACAAAGCGGACACCGGCUGUCGGACGAGAUGCACAUGAACCGCAGCUUGGAGGGCAUGUCGAUGGAUGACCGUGUUCAGGCAUUGAGGAAGCCGCGGUCGUUUGCGCACCGAGCCCAAAGUCUGGAUAUUGGCGCCAUGGCAGCGCAGCAGCAGGCUGCACAGCAGGCGGGUGGGAGCAUGAGCGUGGGCCCUUCGACGCCAUAUGGAUUGGGACCGAUCGGCACGGGCGCUCCAGGCAUGUCAGCCGGCCACUUCCCUGGCAUGGGAAGCUCUCAGGGCAGUUUCGGCGGAGGCGCGCCUCACCACCUGUACCAACCUCCUACGCCGCAGCAGCAAGCCCAGCAGCAGCAGCAGCAAGCGGGGUAUGGCAUGCCUCACCAGCCGCAGCACCUGCACGCCUCGUCUGCGAGCAUCUCGCGUCUGCCGCCCGGUCGCAACUCGCAGAACCCGGAUGCUUCGACGAUGGAGGAAGUGAGCCGCGUGCUUGCUCAGCUUGCGUUUGAUCGGGCAUGA